UGCAGCGAUGACUUGCGCACAGCGAAUAUUAUAUGUGAUUCCGCCGAUGGCGUUACUUGCCUGGUGAUCGAUCGCGAGACGUUCAACCAACUCAUAUCGAAUUUAGAUGAAAUUAAGCAUCGCUAUGAUGACGAAUGCAUAGGAGAGCGUAAAAAAAUCAAUGAGGAAUUCGACAACGUCCAACUGACCGACUUGCGCAUAAUCGCCACGCUCGGUGUUGGCGGUUUCGGUCGUGUUGAGCUGGUGCAAAUUAACGGUGAUAAUAGCCGUUCAUUUGCGCUGAAA